AUAUAUUCUUGUGUACUUUUAUAUAUUCUUUCCUGUAGAAGAUAUAUUUGGGUCAUUAUCUUUACUAUGGCAACGCACAAACGCAGACAUCAAAUCUGAAGUCGACGUUUGAUGUCGCCGAAUCUGAUGUUCAGUACAGUUGAUAUCGAAUUUAAAAUCUCUUUCGACUUGACAAUAUGUUUUUGACGUAGUUUAAAGCACAAAGUUACAAUAAAAAAGAUUUGACAAGCACUUCGUAGACGAACAAUGAUAUGACAUAAUUAACGAAUAAUGCUGUCAAGAUGCUUAGAAAAAAGAAGAAAGAGAAAGAGAAGAAAGUGCGGAAAAAAUGUUUGAACGAACGAGAAACUUUGUCCUACGAACAGCAAAUUCUAGACAACAAUAAGCAAUUGUCGCGAUUGCGGAGUAGAAAUGAGGAACUCGAGCACGAGGUAAAAGUUAUAACUAAGAAGUUGGAGCAAUUGAAGGAGGAUCGAUCUGACGUCGUGGCGCACUUGAAACGAAACUUGGAGGGAAAGAUAGAGGAGGCCCGAGAGCUGAGCGAACGUUUAUUGGCUUUGGAAGAGCUAAGGAAGCAGGAACAGGCCGACUACAAGAAGAAAGAGAGCGCGAUGGAGCUCGAAUAUCGUACUAUGGAGAGUAAUUUAAGCGCGGAAGUGAAACUCGCAGCCGGGAAGCUGAACGCUUUAGAAGACUGGAGAUUAGCCCGUUUGGAUUUGAUGCACAAAUUCGAGGUACAGGAGGAGCAAAUCGCGAAACAAGAGGAGUCCCACAAGACGACGCUCUACGAAACGGAGAAAUCAGUUAUUAUUGCAAAGGCUAAAAUGCAAAAGGAGAUGGAGGAACGAUUAAAGCAACUCGCUCAGGAAUUUAAAGAGGCGACGAACAUCCGUAUUGCGGAUAUGAUGCAUAACACAGUCAGGAGAAAUAUUGCACUAAAUCAUGAGUUAAACACGAUGCUGAAGGUCUGCGAGGAUCUGGAAACGAAGAGCGCGGAGUGCAAAGAAAACGAUCGCCUCCUCAGAUUACAGUGCGAAUUAUUCGAAAACGAGGCGAAAAUUGCGCUGAAAGAUGCGAUGAGACAGCAGCGUGUUAUACACAAUCUUGCCCAGGAACACAUAAAUAUGGUCCUCGAGUAUGGACGAAUUCAACGAGAAAAUGUUCGGUUCAACAAUUACGAACGACUGAUGAACGAGUACAGGGCGAUCUGUGCAGCAUCGGAACAGAAGACGAAGAUGCUCGAACGACAAUUGCAAGAAACGAAAAAAGCCAGGGAAGAAAUCCUGACAGAAGUGCGGAAUAAAUGCGAGGAGUUCGAUAAAUUGAACGAGACUUUGAAGGAAGCCAAACGAUGCGUCCUAGAAGCCUUACAGUUACAAGAGGAUACUUGCACGAGCGAUAUUUGUACUUCAUGUGGUGCCGAUCAGAAGCAGAAGAUUAUUUAUUCGCUUCAAAAUAUCCUGGAAAAACAUAAUAUUUCCGAUAUAAUCAAAGACAAGUCACAGAUAUAAAAUCGAAUCUGAAACUUUAGAAUAAUGGAAAUCUUUCACUUUAUAUUUCUUAUCUUCACUUAGAAGAAUGCAAGAGAAAAAGCACUUUUAAUCGACAUUCGCGGGAUGCAAUGCUAUUUUUUAAAUAUCUGAAAUUGUGUACGUUAUCCGUAAAUCGGUUAUGUGAGAAAAUUCUGCGUAUGCGCAUUUGUUUAGAAAAUUAUAAUUUUACACUGAUGAUUAUUCGAAGAAUUUUCGUUGUCAAUGUAUCUUGUAACAUUUUCUUGCAGUCUCGAUGUUGCUCGAUAUCGAGAUUUAGUAAAAAAUUUUUUUAUAUAAUUAGACAAAACUGAUUACGUCUAGUUAUGCAAACUUGAAUAUCAAUUUUAUCCAUAUAAGAACAUUAGUAAUUAGAAAUAUAAUAUGCCAACAAAUUCAAGUUAUCAUUGAUUAAAUGAUUUAAUUUUUUACAACAGAUCCACGUGCGUGUUUUAUUAUUCCUAAUUGUUUUUGAUGGACUCUCUACUCUCCAUUCGGAAGCUGAUAACAUGUUUCCAAUGAUAAAUUGGUCAUGUGUCCACAUCACGUUUCUAAUUGCUAAUGUUCUCUGCCGAAAUUAAUGCAUCGACUUAUGAAAUACCUUCUA